AUGUUGUCUGUCGAUCCAGAGCCGGCCAGUGCGACGACCGCAGCUUGAAUAAUAUCUCAGCCAAAGUUCCCUCCGACGGAAGAAUAUUCUCAAGGCAACUACAUUCCCGACUACUACGGGACGAAUGUGCAGUCGCUGGGCAGUCAGCCGCACCACCUCUCGCACCACCACCCGAACCCGCACCACCCCUAUGGCGCCUACCACCACCACCUCAACUACAUUGACCAGAGCUCGGUGCAGUCGCACCCCUACCACCAUGCCCACACCGCAGCCAUCCACCCAUCGCACCACGUCCACCAGCACGUCGGCGGCGCCGGGGGCCUCGGCGGCGCUGGGGCCGGCUCUCUGGCCGCCGCCCAGCAGCACCAGUACUUCUCGCCCUGCUCCAUGUCGCCCAUGGGCCCCGGGCCGACGGCUGGCGGCGCCGGCGGAGGGCCGCUGGUGGGCAGCCACCCCUCUCAGCUGACUGGCCACCAUCCGCUGGGCAACAGCGGAGUGGUGCCGAACAACGCCAUCUCGCCACAUCACCAGUCGCCCCUUGCUCCCAACCAAAUGCCACAUCUCUCCUCAAGGGUCUCAAGUCCACUGCUCCCCCGAACGCCCUCACCUCACCAGGCCAACAGUCUGGGCCUGGAUCCACCUUCGCCCGGUGACUGCGGCGUCUCAACGCACUCCGGCAGCGACUCGGGCACCGGCAAUGGCAAUGGACAUCCAGUGAUAUAUCCGUGGAUGAAGAAGGUGCACGUCAACCAAGCUGUGCAAAAUGGAAGCAAUAACUUUACGGGAAUGGAGCCGAAGCGGCAACGCACCGCGUACACACGCCACCAAAUACUUGAACUGGAGAAGGAGUUUCACUUUAAUCGCUACUUAACACGUCGCAGACGAAUUGAAAUUGCACAUUCCCUGUGUCUCAGUGAACGACAAAUCAAAAUAUGGUUCCAGAACAGACGGAUGAAGUGGAAAAAGGACAACAAACUGCCCAACACAAAGAAUGUGAAAAAGAAAAAUCCCCAGAAUCAGCAGAACCAGCAGAACCAGCAGAAUCAAGCAUCCGGCCAGCAAAGUCAGCAGCCGUCGCAGCAAUCUCAACAGUCCAGUGGCAAUAAUCACGAUCUAAGUCAGCUUGGCUUGCCCAGUCAAGCAUCCAUGCUAAACAACGACCUCAAGACAGAGGGCCCACCAUACGGGCUCACUGAGUUGUAG